UUGGGUUCGCUCCUUUCUUAUCAAUCGCUUUGGGAAGGUUAAUAAAUAAUGCAUAAGCAACGAGAAGCGCAAAACUGUCAUUUAGUCGUGAUGAGGCUGUUGCUGACCAUUUUUGCUCUCGCCGUUUUUGGCACUCAGGCCAUAGAAUGGGCCAAAGUGAAGCCGAUUUAUAAAACCAGGCCAACGCUCACGGCACCAAAAAUCAGCAAUAAAAUCAUUGGUGGCGAUUACGCGUUUCUCGGUCAGUUCCCCAACCAAGUUGCUCUUUACCUCGAUGCUGCCUAUUUCUGUGGCGGCUCUUUGAUUUCUGACAACAUUGUUCUGACGGCGGCUCAUUGCGCUGAAGAUAUUCGCACGUUCGAAGUGCACGCUGGCACUACCUGGAACCAGGGCGGGCAGGUGGUGACUUCAAGGAACGCCACAAUUCACGAGUACUAUGACUCGGUAACCAUCAUCAAUGACUUGGCCCUCGUCUUCUUGCCUAAUCAGCUUACUGGAGAGAAUAUUGGACCAGUGCGUCUUCCUUCGCAUUCCAUGCUUGGAGUAACCUUCGCCGGUCAAUAUGCAAGAGUCUCUGGUUGGGGCCGCACUUCUGACUCUUCACCGUACAUCAGUGAGGAUUUGAAGUUCGUCGACGUGAAAGUUAUUGAGAACGCAGAGUGCGCCGCCGUUUACGGCGAUAUCAUAAACGACUCAAAAAUCUGCGUCGACACCAACGCUGGAUUGUCCGGCACUUGCAACGGAGACUCUGGUGGUCCAUUGAUUAUUUUCGAAGCUGACGGCGAUGCCACGCAAAUCGGCGUUGUCUCCUUCGGCGCCUCCGAUGGCUGCGAGGCCGGCUACCCUGAUGGACUCACCAGGAUCACUGAGUACCUAACCUGGAUCGAGACCAAUGCCGGCAUCACGAUCAGACCCUGAGCAAAUAAAGAAAUUUGAAAAAAAAGUUGCAAUAAUAUGACGUUUGUGGAAGCUUCA